CGGUCGUCCUGCCAUGGAUACCACGGAGAGCGCCGCCGCCGAGAGCGCGCACAGCCCAGCACGUCCGCCCUCGCGCAGCCGCUGCCCGCCGCCCGCGCAGCCCGGGUCCGAGGGCUUCUGGAGACCGUGGGUUCGAACUCCUGGCGAGAAAGAGCAGCGGACGGAGCCCCAGGCUGCAGAGGCGUUGCCCAGUGGCCCAGGAAUGACUGAAACUUCCGGGAAGCUUUUGCAAUACCAACACCCUGUCAGACUAUUCUGGCCCAAGUCCAAGUGUUACGACUACUUAUAUCAAGAAGCAGAAACUCUUCUGAAAAAUUUCCCAAUUCAAGCUACAAUUUCAUUUUAUGAAGAUUCUGAUAGUGAAGAUGAAAUGGAGGGACUGGCCUGUGAAAAUCAAUCUAAUUAACUACUUCUGUUGACAAUUGAGCUGUGUAGAAUUUUGUAUAUAAAUGUACCAUAAACUUUUAAAACUAAUUUAUUUGUAUAUACAUUAUUAAUAAAAUAUUUUGUAACAACUAUAA